AAUAUAGCCAGAUAACAAGCUAGCGUUUCCCCUUCGUGCAAUAAUAUAUUUCUUAGUGAAAGGCAUUGCACAAAUUUGUUCAGGAACAUUCUUAUUUGGUAUAUAUUGACAUAUUUCUCUGAUCUUGAAGGAGAAUUGAUUUAAAAUUUAUAUAAAUGUUUCAACAGAGCUAGAUAAUUUCUAAUUUGUUUCGUGACGAUAACACUUCAGCUAUUUGGAUAUUUUUUCUGAAAAUAUUGUUGGAUAUAAAAAGUGCUCAUAUGAACAAUGAUGUGGAAGUGGCCAAAUGAAAUGAUAAAUGUUUUCACGACAGUAAUGAAUACAGAAGGCAGAAAAUAUUGUGGUUCAGUUACAACUCUGUAUACAUGGAGUAACUCGCAAAUAACGAUGAAAUAAAGCAGGAUUUCAUUGAAAUGUUAAUUGAAAUUUGUAAAUCAGUUGAUGUUGUACAAAUAAUGAACGAUGAUCGAAAUACAAUUUCACGAAUGAAUUAUACUAAACUAUUCGCAUCCACAAUAUAUCAAUUUUUGUAAGGAUGUUGUGUAAUUGACAAGACUGUUAAGCAGUUUUCGGACGAUGCAUAUUUCUCCAGGCAGCUUCAUUUCAAAGCAGAACAUGCAGCCAAAGAUGAACCACUUUGUUUUCAUUUUAGCAACAGUCUGUUCGUGUACUGCGAAAUUAGCUAUAGUUGGUGAAGGCGAUAUCCUCAUUGAGUUCGAUGAACCACUCGAAAUCACGUGUACUAAUGACAUUCUCUCUGACGUCGACAUUCUGCAUCAAUCAACUGUAGUUGCAAAUUGUAUUCAAGGGUUUGGAUGCAAUAUUCGAGAUAAAAGCUUUACAGCUUUGCAAAUUGAAUCUACUAGUAGCAGCAACUAUACAUUGAGAUCGAAUGACACUAUCAACACUGAUCUUUGUGGCGCUUAUACAUUCAAGGACUUAAUUAACAAUGAAAUGGUUUCAGUGAAUGUUUCAAUUAAAGGCUUUAAUAAUACUUUAUAUAGCGUUAGGGAGGAGGAAAACGCUAUUUUUCUUACUACGGAAUGCACGUUUCAUGUCUCUCUAUCAGAAAUGCAGAUAUAUUGGUACAUUAACGAUAAUACAACCGCAACGCUGCUCGAUGAGUCUGCAAUGGAUAAUCUAAUAACAAAUUUUAGCAGCCAAUCAACUUGUUCCCCUGCUUGUGAUACAACAUCUGCUUACCGUUUUACUUUUGGACUUAAUAUCACUGAAAAGAAUGAGAGUUAUAUUGAUGCAUUCAUAGAGACAAAAGUCUUUCAUCCAGAUUAUAUGAACAAUCCACUACUUUGGCAGUCUUCAAAUACAUUUCGUGUUAAAGAUAACAGACCUAGAACUGCAAGCUCGCCGAAAUCAGGGUGCAAUAUUUGGUGUAAAGUGGGGAUAGCAGUAGGUGCUGCCAUCUGUUCAGUGGCGUCAUGCUGCAUCUGCUGUUGUGUAUGCAAGGGCUGGUGUGUAAACAAGGGCAAGGACAAGGAUAGAAUUGCGUCAUACCGUAUGAGUUGCAUAACAUACGUAGGAGCGUACUUCCCUGAUCACUGCCGUAAGAACAAGACCAACCCCGGGUCGAAUAACGCAACCGUUCUGACUGAUGGGCAAGGUACAUCGGAGUUAGCCGUGAGCAUCCACGAAGCGGAUUCCUCCAAAGUUGACGAAGACAAUUCAGAUGCACGAGUGGUUACCGACGAAUCACCAAUUCGAGUUAUACUUUUUUUUAAGCCGACAGACGACAAGGAUCUGAAGCAAAGUAAAUCGAAGAAUAGUUUUUCCAGGUUUGAGACGAAGACCAAACUUGUAGAACUAGUUUCAGAUACGCCAACUAAUACCGAUGAAUCAAAAAGUCCAGCCAAAGUUGUACUUCUUGAGUACAGAGUAUCCAAUAGAAAGUUCGAUGACGAACAGGAAGAGGAGACGUUGAAUACGUGUAGGAAGUACGGCAAGGUCGAGAAAUGUCUCAUGGAGGUAACUGACACAGCACAAUUUAUGUUAAUACGAAUAUUUGUGGAGUUUGAAGAGGUCCACUAUGCCAUCACAGCAUGUGGUCAAUUGCAAGAAAAGUGCAUCAGAGGAGAAGAAAUGCGUGCGUCGUUUUACAAUUUGCAUUUGUUCAAUCGAUUCUGCCAGUCUUACAUGAAGAACAUGAUCUAACUCAAGAUGUUUUAAAAGCAUGUCUACACAUAUCGGUCAAACCAUAUAAUGACAAAUCUUUGUGUUUGCAGUUUAUUUCGUCUGAGGCUUUAUUUAAACAGAAUAUGCCUGGUGAUCCCAUUUGUUUAGACACGAGCUCUAUAAGACUAAUAUGCAGACUUGUUCAGUAUAGUUUAAAGCUUAAGUAAACAACGUACAUAAAUACCGAUUGUUUUAUAUACCAGAAGCUCUUCCUGAUGUAUUCGGGGAUAAUGUGUCUUCAUUUAUGUCAUACAUUGAAAAGAGUGAUGCUUAUUGUAUUUUAUGUUUAAUAAUUUAUUACUGAGUGUCGACUUGCUCUCGUUUGUGCACUAUUUACCGCUUGAUGUAUUUUAUAUGAAUAAAGUAGUGUGAAUA